UUGGUUGCCAAGACGAAGGCUGAUGAGCUGUUUCGGCGUCUCCAGCCCCACUCGCUCCUGCGGCCCAAGGCCCCGCCAGCCCCGACAGUCGCUGCUGCAGCCUCUGGAGGGACAAGACGCCCGACGUCGACGACUGCAGGAUGGCGCUUCAGACCGGAUGCUGGGAGGUUUCGGUACGGACUGAGUCUGCAGUAUUCGCCCUCGGACACGGAGUUGACUCUGACAUCGCUGAAAGACGUUCGAGUUUUGGUUACCUCCGCAGCCAUGCCUACACCCCGCUGUAUCCCGCUGGCUAACAGCAACGCUCUUAGCAGCAAGGCCUGGAGGCUCGUCGCGGAGACUGAUCGUCGCGUUGGUUUGGCUCUCUAUGAGAUUUCUCUCGGUGACUGGAACGCCAGCUCCCUCCUGGCGCUAGUGUGGACUGAAAAGCGUGACGUUGCUCGGCUCUUCCUGCAGCUGCAUACGACGGAGCUGCUGUACUCGGCACCUCAACGAGCGCCACAAGUCCGCCGUGAUGACGAGUUAGAUCGUACGCAUGGGCUGCAUUCCUACACAGCAGCAAUCAGUCUGAGAUCGCUUGACGAGCUCUUCUGGGAGCGCGAGGUUUACCAGGUCGAGUUCCCAACACCUGAGGCUGGUGCUCAAAGUGUCACGGUUCAACUGCUGGACAACGUUCAUGGAGGAACUGUCGCCGCUAGAGACCGCGUGCUCACAUCAGAGACUGAGCCAACGUUGCGAUUGGAGACGGAAGCAGUCAAGUACGCGAUGGACAACUGCCUCCUGGUGGAUUUCACGCUGUGGGACGCCGAGUGUGCGCCAGUUUGGGGCUUUACGCGUGCUUUGGAACUGAAGAACGCAUCUACCCAACAGCAGCAACACGAUGAUGAGGGCGGCUUCGACAUGUCCGUGAGCUCCAGUGGAGGAGAGGCAAAACGGUUCCAGCUGCAAUUCCAAGACGUGCUUCGUGGCAAUGAACUUGCUGUUCAUUUGACAAAGCUCGCGUCUUCUGCCAAGAGGACCAAGGUCUGGGUGAGCCAAGUUGACGUAUCACUGAGCCUCAAGUUCAUCAACUCCACAUUCGGCACUAAAUAC